AUGUAUUCUUCAUUUUCUCUACCCAACCGCUACGUUUCUAUUCCCAUCUUGGCCAUAAAUCUCUUUCUUAUACACAUUGUUUCAUCCCUCAACCUUACCAAUGAGUAUCUCAACCACAAAUGCCUCGUUAGUCAAGGGAAAUAUAAACCUGGAAGUAAGUACGAGUACAACCUGUACGGUCUCUUCCGUGACAUCGCUAAGAAACCUUAUCUUCAGGUCGGUUUCUCACACACAACUUCUAAUACCGGUCCCGAUGCUGUCACCAUUAUAUUCCAGUGCCGUGGUGACUCCUACGGGUCUCAUUGCCGUUCCUGUGCUGCCACCGCCGUUCACGGGUAUCUUCAGAGGUGCCCAGGAAACAAAGGGGGAACAAUAUGGUACGACCAAUGUUUUCUCGAUGUUAGUAUGAUCAAUGACAAAGCCCCAAGGAAAAUCAAUUACGAGAAUAUAUUCUCUAUGCACAACCCAAACGACGUGAUAGGGGAUAGAGAAUCGUUUAAGAAAGAGACGAGGGAUCUCUUCUACGAGCUAAUUCUGAAAGCUGAUAUACCAACCGCGGACGGCAACAACUUCCUAUAUUACGCGGCAGGGGAGAAAAAGAUCGGGAGGAAUAAACUGUAUGCAAUGGUGCAGUGUGCGCAUGACAUAUUAGAUUGCAAAGGUUGUUUGGAAUGGAGUAUUAAGGAGCUUUCUAAGAGCUCCGACGGUAAACAAGGAGCGAGAGUUUUAGGUACGAUAUGUAAUAUAAGGUAUGAGCUAUACCCUUUCCUUAGAAAUUAA